AUGGUCCUCAAGCUGAUCUCCGCGACCCCGUCGCCGUACGCGCGGAAGGUCCGCAUAGCUCUUGCGGAGAAGUCUAUUCCAUUUGAACUUGUUACUGAAGUUCCCUGGGAUGGCACAACCCAGACACCGCUAUACAACCCUCUCGAGAAGCUGCCGGUAUUGAUUGACACAGAAGCUGAGAACGACGAAGACCAGGCCGUGUACGAGUCACACUUUAUCCUCGACUGGAUUGAAUACAAAUAUCCGGCGCCACAGUAUAUCAAUCUGGUGCCGAGCACAAAGGAGGGUGAGUUGUUUGGAAGAAAGGUUCAAGUCGUCGCCGACGGGAUCUGCGACGCCUGCGUCUUGAUGUUCUUCGAGAAACAGCGGGUUCUGCCUUCGCAAGAAUGGACAGCGCGCCAACGACGCAAAGUGGACGGCGGCUUGAAGAAACUGGCACAGUGGGUGGGGGACAAGGACUUCCUUAUCGACGAUCGCCUUACCCUUGCGGAUGUGGCAGCCGGCUGUGUGCUGGGUUAUCUUCGUGUACGAUUCGCAGAGCAUCCGUGGCAAGACUUGUAUCCCAAUCUGAAGAGGUACAGUGAUUUAUUGGAAGCGAGGGAGUCAUUCCGGAGGACCCGACCGGUCCCUCAGGCCAUCAAUGAUAAGAUUGUUUGA